AUGUUUCAGAUGCUCCAGACAGUGGAUCAAUUUCAUGGACAUGCAACGGAGGACCCACAUCAGCAUCUGAAAUUCUUUAUGGGAGUUUGCAAUUCAUUCAAAAACGAAGGAUUGAGCAAUGAAGUGCUGAGGCUUAAGCUAUUUCCAUAUUCACUUAGAGAUGAAGCCAGAACAUGGUUGGAGUCCCUUCCCUUAGAGUCUAUUACAAGUUGGGAUGAUUUGGCCGAGAAGUUCUUGAUGAAAUACUUCCCACCCAGCAAAAAUGCUAAGUAUCGCAGUGAGAUCAACAAUUUUCAACAAUUUGCUGGGGAAUCAGUCAGUGAAUCCUGGGAGUGUUUCAAACGAUUAUUGCAGAGCUGUCCUCACCAUGGGAUCCCAAGGUGCAUACAGAUAGAGACAUAUUACAAAGAUCUGAAUGAUGCCACACGCCUACCUGAUCCCAGAGCUGUUCAAGGAAAAUCAAGUAAGGGGCUAGUUGAGUCAGAAUCAUACACUACAUUGAAUUCAAACAUUGAGAAUCUGACGGUCUUGGUAAUGAGAAGUAUGAUGCAGCAAAGUUCAGUUGGAGCAUUAACUGGUACGGCUAAUGUCAACCAAAUUCAAGGGAUUUCAUGUUCUUUUUGCGAGGGAGAUCACCACUACAAUAACUGCCCUGGAAAUCCGGAGUCAGUUUAUUAUUUGGGGAACCCGCAGAAUAAUAGAAACAAUCUGUAUUCGAAUACGUACAAUCCUGGCUGGAGGAAUCACCCCAAUUUUAGUUGGAGUGGUGAUCAAGGAGGACACAAUGCGGGAACAUCUAGUGCUCCAGCAUUUCAGCAUAAGGUAAGUUAUCCUCCUGGUUUUGUGAAUCAAGGACAAAUGGUAGCACGAAGGCAAUCAGAAGGAUCAAUUGCAUCUUUGGAAAAGCUGAUGAAGCAAUACAUGGCCAAUAAUGAUGCCACUGUGCAAAGCCAAGCUACAUCAUUAAGGAAUUUAAAAUUACAAGUAGGCCAAUUAGCUACGGAUUUGAAGAGCAAACCGAUUAGAGUGCCCGAGAAAAGAAAGCAGGCAGAGCAUGAAAAUGCUCCAGCAGAGUAUAGUCCAGCGCCACCAUAUCCUAAACGGUUGCAGAAGAAGGAGCGAAACGUUCAAUUCAAUAAGUUUUUAGAUGUCUUGAAGCAACUGCACGUGAACAUACCGUUGGUGGAAGCUUUAGAGCAAAUGCCGAAUUAUGUGAGGUUCCUGAAAGAGAUACUCAUAAAGAAGAGAACGCUGGGAGAGUAUGAUACGAUAGGGCUUGCCUUAUGUGAUCUGGGCGCCAACAUCAAUCUCAUGCCGUUAUCAAUUUACAACAAGUUGGGUAUUGGAGAAGCAAGGCCCACAAUAGUGACAUUGCAGCUAGCAGAUCGAUCCAUUACGCAUCCAGAGGGAAAAAUUGAAGACGUUUUGGUAAUAGUAGAUAAAUUUUUUUUCCCUGCGGACUUCAUUAUUUUGGAUUAUGAUGCAGAUAAGGAGGUUCCUAUUAUUCUUGGAAGACCAUUCCUUGCAACUGGGAGAGCUUUGGUAGAUGUCCACAAAGGUGAGCUCACAAUGCGUGUACAGGAUUAA